AUGUCGGGAUCUGGGCUGCCUGGGCGAACCGGUGCCCGGAAGAUCACACUGACGCCACUCACCGACCCCGACGCCUUCACACGAGGUUGGGCCAAGCACCCGGUGGCGCGCACGGGACCGCGAUUCACCAUCGGCCGGGCCGCUCUUUCGACGAACGGCAGUGGUGACCGGAAGACCUGGAUGGAUGCCGCCAUCAAGGAGAAGGUUUGGAUCCCCGGUCCGGGAGCGCACGCUACGGAGCGCAGCUUCUACAACUCGGAUAAUCACGAGAUGGAUGCGAAGAGGUGUGUGGAGGACGCCAGACCGGACUACUCCUUCAGCAGAGCGACGUGGGAGCCAGCUUUGACACAGGCCGAGGUCAAGCCAAAGAGGAACUCCUUCCGCUAUCCGAAGUUCGAUCCAUGGUUCACUCCAGGUCCAGGAGCUCACACCCAGUUUACCGUGUUCGAUAGCAGCGUCGGCAGCAGCAAUGCACGGUCGGGCUAG